AUGGCGUCUCUGUUGUGCACUUUUUGCGGGGACGCGUUCGCCGCAGACAAGAACUCACCCAAGGCGCCAAUCUGUGGGGAGCGGUGUGAUCACACCCUCUGCCGCCAAUGUGUUUGGAACUUGCAAGACGAACAAGCAAAGUCGAACUGGAGAAUGAAAAUCCUCCAUUGCCCGCUUUGUGGAGCUCGAGGAUUUCGUACCAAUGGCACAGCACCAGAAUGUCUCUACACUGCCAUUGCCAUGCUCGAAGGCAAUGGCGAACCACGCGCGAAACGAGCAAGGACCGAAGAUCUUCCGGUGCAUCCUCCAGCUUUGUCGUCCGUCGGAGCAGCACCUCGAAUGGAAACCAACGCUGUGGCUUCUUUGCCUACAACAACAGCUACCGGUACCGGUAUUGUCAACACUCCUACUGCUGUCCGCCGCAACACCGCAGUGGCAGCGGCGACCACAACCGCUCCAACAGCUGGCACGGAUCUUAGUGAUUUUCGUCUCGUCGAGAACGACCCGGAUACACAAAACGCCCUUCUUCUCAGCCUCGCUGAUCUCAAUCCAGGAACCACCAAUGAUGGUCGUGGCGUGCCAGAUGAUGAACGCGACCCAGACACCCAAGAGGCAAUUCUCCAGAGCCUAGCAAUUGGCGACAACAACGACGACGAAGAAGAAGGAGAAGAAGAACACCAGCAAACGACACAGGUGACCGGUCAAGAAAACUGUGGUGAGGGACGAUCCUCGUCGGACGAAACGCGUGCUAGCUCGACGAUCGAGAUUGGACUUCCUUCGGGCAGCCAGAGUGCGGCCACGGGAGGAUCGAACCUCGAAGAAGAGAGUUCAGCUACGCCUGGGACUCACCGUCAAUCUGCCGAGUCAGUCGGAGGAAGCUCGUUGCCAAAUAUCCAAGGACGAGAAGAAGACGAAGAAGCCGCUCCUGUCACCAUGAUUGAGGUCGCCAUGGUGCACAGUGCGAUUCUCCAGGCGAUCCCAUUUCACGGGGAAGGGUCAGCGUAUUCUCCCCUGCUUUUGGACAACGAUAUGGAGUUGGUGGAAGGGAACGAAAACGGCUGUUGGAAAUGCAACGAUUGCUGGAGACAGAAAUCCUCGCGAACACAAGCAUUGGGCGAACCCCGCAAGUCUCCGUUGGGUCUGUAUGAUCAACAGAGGCAGUUGUUUGGAAAUCAUUUGAGUCAAGGCGACAAUUCAAAUCCCGAUUUCAAUUCUUUGGCCUCAUCAACAUCCAGCGCUGGCGGAGCACCCGCCUCCGGAAGGUCGACCCCAACCUCUGGACCACCAAAGAAUAGGAUUGCUGCCAUUCCUUCGUCUGGAGGAAAAGCAACGGAAAUGGCAGAUCCUAAAGCUUGCAUUAUUGAGAGAAAGGACGGCCAUAAGGGACACCUGGGAUCGGACAGUGCGAAUUGCUCGGCCUGGUGGGCCCUCGUUUAUGGAUGGAUGAUCGGCAACAUUGACGAACUUGUGGCGAAGCAAAUCAACGAGGCAAAUGGCGCAGAAGAGGAGAAAAAGACGAAAGAUCGUAUCUACAAAGCCCUGGUGAUCCUAGCUAAUGGUGUCUCGGGAGGCGAGAAGGGAAUGAGGAGUGACAACCGAAAUAUUUUGUACGUCCCAAACCCCCACGAUCAAUACUACGACAAGGGUUGUAACUGGGUGAUCUUUCCCAUCAUGCAACCUGACGAAAUGGUGAAUUGGGCGGGUCAGACCUACGAUGUUGCAAUAUUUGCUGGCGAGACAAUCCCUGAGGUCCAAGGAAAGGGCAAUAUUUGGAAGGAUGGGCCCUCCAAAUUCAGUGCCGAACAGGCUGAAGAAGCCCUUUUCAACAAGCUGCACCUAGGAGAAGAAAUCGACAUCUGCACUACAGAGGACCUCAAAAAAGUAGCAAAGGGCUUGGGUGAGAUGGGUCUUGCACUAUCAGAUUUGCAUACGCGUGGAUCGAGUUCAGAUUUCAAGGUUAGAAUCCUUGAUCUGGCUUCCGCCGUCAACGAAUACAUCGUCAAAGAAAAGCCCCAGCAGCUUGGUCGGAAUCAAGACCAUGACAACAUUGUCAACGGGAUCACUAAACUCAUUGAUGAGCUAGGGACGCGGAGCUUCUCAGUUCCCUUACCACCGACCAAAAAUCAUUUCGGGCAAGAAAAGAAGAAUGUCUUCAAGGCCCGCAUCCAACAAUCGAAUGCCCCCGAUCCCAUUGCAUUGGCUGCAAAAGGCGCCAACAAUUUCUAUCGCCAGUGGGGUAUUCGCUUGCUGCCGGGGUGUCACUCCAAUCCUACUGACGAUGAUUCAUCCUCUAUCAACGUCUGUUUCUUGUUGCCCUGAGUUGUUGGUACUGGGGCCCUGCUUGGGGUUGUUUAAUGAUGAGAUUUUCUAAACAAUGAAUGGUAAUAACAAUAACAACAUAGAGUAGAUAACUAGCUAGAAAGUGUGGCUUUUGCUGCUCGCUAUGUAAUGCCAGAAUCGUAC